AUGGCCGAGGCGGUGGGACUCGCCGCAAGCGUCAUCGCAAUCAUCGACCUGUCCGCCAAAGUUGCCGUCCUCUGCCUCGAUUACUCCACCGCCGUCGGCAAUGCUAGGGCCGACAUCACACGCCUCCGAAGCCGGUUAUACCACCUAGGCACAACCCUCCAAGGAGUUCGGCAUCUUCUUGAUGACCCGAGUAGUCAAGCGCUCGCGACGUCGCGAAGACUGGUCGACUCUGUUGAUGCCUGCACAUCAGAGCUGGCCCAGUCGCAGAGCAGGCUAGAUCCGGGUAAGGCCCGUAAGGCGAUGCGCCGUUUUGGAAUUCGUGCCCUUAAGUGGCCGUUUGAUAGCAAGGAGGUUAGCGAUAUCGUCUCUAACCUAGAACGCUAUGAACGGACCAUCACUCUAGAUCUACAAAUCGACUAA